CUUUAUGCUUUACUUAAUCUGCUACGCCUUGUUCCUUUCAACCAUCAAAAUUAACAUGAGGAGCAUGCUCUGCUGCUGUGUUAAGUCGGAGAACAACAAGAAGUAUGCUGAGCUGGACUCAAAGCUUGAACGGAAAAUGGUGGAGAGCCGGAGAAAUUAUCCGGGACACCGGAGGUUAAAGUCCAUGGAUUCAAUAAUCAUGAAGUUUCCGAAGCUAAGAGAAGGAUUGAGAAACAUCAGAAGCGUUUUCGAAUCCUACGAUAAAGAUGGAAACGGAACAAUCGAUAUGGAGGAGCUGAAGAAAUGCUUAGAGGAACUAAAGCUGAGUUUGUCGGAGGAAGAAGUGAAAGGUUUAUAUGGAUGGUGUGAUGUUGAUGGAAGCAAAGGAAUAGAGUUCAAUGAGUUUAUAGUCCUUCUCUGUCUCAUUUAUCUUCUAGCAAAACCUUCCUCUGAAUCAAGCCUGGAAUCGAGGGAGAUGGGUCCGAAGUUGGUUGAAUCUGUAUUUGAUCCAAUAGUGGAAGUGUUCUUGUUUUUGGACAAAGAUGGAAAAGGGAAACUGAACAAGGCUGAUGUGAUAAAGACAUUGAAUAAUGAAGACUAUCCUCUAGAGAGAUCUCCUUCACAUGUCACCAACAUGAGAUUCGAAGAAAUGGAUUGGGGAAGAAAAGGGAAAGUGGGUUUUAGAGAGUUUCUAUUUGCUUUCAUUGGUUGGGUGGGUCUUGAUGAUGCAGAUGAUUGUAUAUGAGCAGCUAAGAAACAACUUAAAUCAAGAGUUGCACAGAUAUUUAUCUUUGGAAACCAUAUCUUAUUAUGUACUUAUAUAUGAUCAAGAUGAUUCUGUAA